CUUUCUGCAGUGUUUUCUGAGAAAUUAAGGUAUGGAGUCUUGCCUUAUUCCUGAUUGGAAUACUGAAGUUGGAGUUGAAUUCCCAACCUCCAUUCAAAGAAAAUCUCUAGGAAUAGACAGUGAUCUAAUGGAGCUCUUAUGGCAAAAUGGGGAGCUAGUUCUGCACAGCCAAACAAACCACAGGAAAAUAAUCAACGACGAUCCCUCGUAUAAAUCGAAGCAAUCCCACAAUACGAAUAACCGAGUAUCGACAAGUGGCGCCACCGAAAUAUCCAACACUUUCAUCCAAGACGACGAGACGUCGUCGUGGAUCGAUUGCCCGAUCGACGAAUCUUUCGAGAAGGAGUUCUGCGCCAAUUUUUUGUCCGACGGAAUUCCUCUCCAGUGCGAAAACGUGCUGUUUUCACCGCCGCCAAGAUUCGAGUCAUUUAAUAAUAGUAAUAGUAAUAAUAAUAGUAAUUGUAAUAAUCAGGAGAUGCAUGUACAAAAAAGACGGGCGGAAAACGGUGGGGUCCCGGAAUGUUCCGGAAGGACUUUCGGAUCGAGCCACUGUGCGAGUAAUCAGGUAGUGGAUAAAGUAAAAAGCAGCGAGAGUAUGGAGAGAGAGACGAUCGGACAAGCGAUCGCUUCUUGCUCGGGUGGAUCUGGUAAUAGUAGUUUUUGGAAGACGAGCAGUCCGUGUUCGAACGAUACUACUAAUGGUCAUAAAAGGAAGAGUAGGGAUGUCGAAGAAUCGGAGUGUCGAAGUGAUGCAACUGAAUUGGAGUCGGGUUCGGGAAAUAAGUCUCGAACGAAUCGUAGGACUCGUGUAGCUGAAGUGCAUAACUUGUCCGAAAGGAGACGACGGGACAGGAUUAACGAGAAGAUGAAGGCAUUGCAGGAGCUUAUCCCUCACUCUAACAAGUCGGAUAAAGCAUCUAUGCUCGACGAGGCAAUUGAGUACAUGAAGUCCUUGCAAUUACAACUUCAGUUGAUGUGGAUGGGGAGUGGAAUGGGGCAGAUGAUGCUUCCGGGCCUGCAGCAGUACAUGUCGCGGGCCGGGAUGGGAGUGGGCCCGCAAAUGUAUCCAGCUCAUGUGGCGGUUCAAAAUCUGGUGCGUCUAUCGAGAUCGCCCCUCGUUCAUCAAGCAAUGAAUAUUGCCUCGAACCAAAAUCAAGGCCCGAUGGGACCCAGUCACGUCGUGGGCCCGGUUAAUUACCCGAAUCAUAUGCAGAAUUCGGGUUUUCACGAGCAAUAUGCUAAUUACAUGGGCUUUCAUUCGACACCUAAUGCGUCACAGCCGAUGAACAUGUUCAACUUCGGUUUCCAUUCGGCACAACAGAAUCAAGUAUCGGCACCACCGGCCAAUGGCAACGAAGCUAUUUGAAUCAUAAACGGCUGAUAAUAGACGAACCAUUCGACUUCCCGUAAACUAAAAUAAUUUUGUUUUACUAAUUAUUUUGUGAAAGGUAUCAAAAAUGUAAUUAAUUUAUCGGUACAUGAAUAUGUUCGAAAUUUAAGUCUUCA